AUGGAGGCGGGUCGAGAUUGUGAGUUAGACUGUGGUUCUGGUUUUGAUCAGAGCUCGUUUGAAGCUGCAACAACUGCACUGAGGACCGGAAGCAAAGAUUUGUGUGUAAGCCAAGAAAUAUUUGGCUGCUGCAACACUACUUGUAUAACACAGCAUGAAGAAAAGAAAAAUGAAGCUGGAAUAUUGCGCAAACUAAGGAGAAGUUUUGAGAAGAAAAUGGAAUCACCAAGUGGAAAAAUGAUUCAGAAAACACAGUCGUUUGGCUCCCAACUAUUUAUCAACAUGGAUGAAUUUAUUCCUAGUGUUACUGGAAGCUUUGACAAGAAAGGUUCCAUAUUAAGCAGGGCCUCUAGCAAUGGGUUGGGCUAUUCUUUCUCACUUGCUGCAGGUGACAUCUCAGAUAUUGCGUUCAGAGUGCAGAGUCCAAAACACAAAGACAACACUUCAACAGCUAAGUCUACUUCAACUGAAGAAGGAGGUCCAGAUGCAGACAAAGGGAGAAAAUUACAUGUGGAACCUACCUUACCAAUUUAUCUUAAGUUCGAAGAUGUGAAGCAUAAGGUAGCUGCAAAGGGUGUGAAAAGCUCAAAUGCAGAGUACAUACUGCAUGGAAUCUCUGGCUCAGUGCUUCCAGGAGAGGUUCUUGCUCUAAUGGGACCUUCAGGAGGCGGCAAAACAACCUUGCUCAAUCUCCUCAGUGGAAGAGUCAAACUCAACAGCGGCACCAUCACUUACAAUGACCAACCAUACACCAAGUCCCUCAAACGGAGGAUUGGAUAUGUAAUGCAAGAUGAUCUUUUGUUCCCCCAUCUUACAGUCAAAGAAACUCUAACUUAUGCUGCCUUACUCCGUCUUCCCAUUACCUUAACCAGAAACCAGAAAGAAGAAAGGGCCAUGGAUGUAAUUAAUGAGCUAGGCUUGGAAAGGUGCCAAGACACACUAAUUGGUGGCACAUUUGUUAGAGGAGUUUCUGGUGGUGAAAGAAAAAGAGUGUGCAUUGGCAAUGAAAUCCUGCUCAACCCAUCACUUCUGUUUUUAGAUGAACCAACAUCUGGUCUUGAUUCGACAGCAGCACUUCGAACACUUCAGAUGCUUCACAUUAUUGCAAAGGCUGGAAAAACAGUGGUGACUACAAUACAUCAACCGUCUAGCAGGAUCUUUAACAAGUUUGAUAAGCUUAUUCUCUUGGGUAGAGGAAGCUCCUUAUACUUUGGAAAAGCCUCUGAAGCAAUGAUGUACUUCUCCUCAAUUGGGUGUGCACCCCUUAUAGCUAUGAACCCGGCAGAGUUUCUCAUUGAUCUGGCAAACGGUAACACAAAUGAAAAAUCACUUCCAACAGAAUUGGAGGAUAGAGGGCCUUCUGCAGUUGACGUCCACGAGUUUUUAGUUGAAGCCAAUCAAAUCAGACUUGGAAAAAUGGAGAAGGCAAAGCUCCUAAGCUCUGUGCUGACAGAGGGUGAGAGUAAGAUGCAGAGGAUGUCAUAUUCAAGGGAAUCAAAAGCAACUUGGUGCGAACAGUUUUUUAUUCUUUGCAGGAGGGGCCUUAAGGAGAGACGCCACGAAUACUUAAGCUGUCUGCGUGUAGUUCAAGUUAUCUCCACUGCUAUAAUCAUAGGACUUCUAUGGUGGCAAUCUGAUGCUUCAUCCCCAAGGCGAGUUCAAGAUCAGGCAGGACUGUUGUUCUUCAUUUCAGUAUUUUGGGCUUUCUUUCCUAUGUUUACUGCAGUUUUCACAUUUCCACAAGAAAGAGCAAUAGUAGCUAAAGAGAGAUCAGUGGAGAUGUACAAACUCAGUGCCUACUUUUUAGCUAGAAACAUCAGUGAUCUUCCUCUUGAUCUCCUGCUCCCGAUAGUGUUCCUCGUGAUAGUGUACUUGAUGGCAGGCUUGAAGCUCAGAUUUUCUGCAUUUUUUCAAACAAUGCUUACAAUUUUCCUCAGCAUUGUGGCCUCUCAGGGUCUAGGAUUGAGCAUAGGUGCAGCAUUUAUCGACGUGAAAAAGGCAACAGCGCUAGCUUCCAUCAUUGUUAUGACAUUCAUGUUAUCUGGUGGAUUCUUUAUCCAGAAAGUUCCAUCAAUGGUUUCGUGGAUACGCUAUAUCUCUUUCAACUACCACACAUACAGGCUACUCCUGAAAAUUCAGUAUGGUUGCUCAUCAGGUAAUUCAGGUACUUCUGGAUAUGAAGCUUGUCAGACUCCCUUCAUCAAUGAAUUACGACUUGACUCUGGUGUGAUGGAAGUGGGAGCUAUGAUGGUGAUGAUCAUUGGGUACCGAUUACUGGCCUAUUUAUUACUCAGGACAGUGAAGUUCAAGACAAUGAUGCAGUAG